CACAUUUUUAUUAACUCAUGUGUUUGCCUAACCUGUUCACCUCAUAUGGCGCAUAGCAUUUUAAAACUGGGGUUCGUUUCCAUCUUACACGAUUUCACUAACCUGACUUCACCUUUGCAUGUAGCCUACCCCAGGUGCUGAAUUUAUAAUCAGGUUGCAGACGACCUUUGUCGCAGACAGGCCCCGGUGAAUUGUGAGUGACUGGCAUAUCGACAUCAGUCUUUAAACACUUUGCUACUGUUUCGCACAAUGUGGCUAAUUUGUGUCUUCAAAGUAGCUAUUUACGGUGGGUAUUUUGUUGCAUGUACCGAAACUGAUGAGAGUUUGACAGAGCAAGGUCGUCUUCAACUGCAACGCGUGCAAGACUUUGCAGGACAGCCACGCUAUGGCAAAUGCUGGUCAAAGGCCCUGGAGCAAAUUCAUACAAGAUGUCGAGAAUUCACGGAUGAGACUCAAAGCAAAAUAGCCCUUGCUUUUACACACUGCCACCUGGAAAGAUCAGACCGGCCAUUUCCAGAAUGUCCGGAAGGCAGUGAAGUCCGCCUCUGCACCAGAGACAUGGAUGCUGUUGCUUUCAACACGUACACAGAAUUUUUCACUCAUGCCCACAGCAUUUGUCACUUCUUGCAGAACGAGCGCUGGCAACAUAGGGCUGAGACCACCAUUGACAGGCUUACUGAAAGCUCAGCAGGAGUAGUUGAAAAACUGUCGACCACACAGCGCAUGGCAGAGGACCUAAUGAAGGCUCAGACUUCAGCCAUUAAGUCCCAAGAGGCCAUUAUGCGCAAUGGAGAAGAACUGAAGACCACAUUGCUCCACUCCACACAAGGCAUGAGGAACAUCUUUGAGGAGAUGAGCUCUUCGGUGCACGAGCAGCAGGUGGCCUUCGCUGAGAUCUUCAACAGGGUGGCGUUCCUGCAGAGCUUCAUCAUGUCCGAGUCGCACACGCUCAGCUCCGCGCUGUACAACGCUCUGGCGUUCAUCGUGGCCUUCCUCCUCACAUCUGCACAACGCAUAUCCAGAGCCAGAUUUGCCCUUUUUGGACUGAUUGGUCUAAAUAUAUACUUGGAAAGACUGAUCUGUAAAAGUGUACUUGAUUGUGACAGUCCAGGUUACCAACAGAUGGAGCAAAUAAGCUUUCUAGUUGGCAUCCUUCGAAAAACCAUGGUCCUUCUGGCACUCCUGAUUGUGCUGUAUGUUGCCGUGCGGUAUCGUAAUGUCCACAAGGAGAGUUUGGAGAUCCUGCAUCAGCUCAAGGAAACCCAUUCAAACCUUCAGCAUGCCUUACGCAAAGCAGAGCGUCUCUCAAUGGGAAUGGCUGAAAAAAGAGACAUUUGGAUGGAUAGCGUGGGCAGCCCAGUCCAUUCCUGUCAGACCUCCUCUCAAGAUACUGCAUUGGCCUUGGCAGAGAAUCCAUCGCUGAAUCCAUCUCUGUUUGAGUCCCAUGAAGGCUGGCUGUGCGAGAGUAUUGAUCGUCCCCCAGAGGCCUUAGUGGCUCGUGAGUCCAAGCGGAAGGUUCGAAGAUCCUCUGGGUCACGCCGCAAAUCAUCAUCAUCAUCAUCUGCUCUGGUCUACAGUGUCCUGGUGGAGGAUGAGCACCCAAGGUACGGUUUACGCAGCCGCAAGUCCCUCUCUGCUUCCACUAUGAACUCAGACCAUAACUGAUGGUAGGACUGUACACAAGCUCACACUGAUUUUUGGAGUUGCUUUUGAAAUUGGACUGUGAUGCAUGAACUUCCCAAGGGUCCACACACAAUUUGUCAAUGAACAGAUUUGUUUGUUUCGGCAAUUUUAUCCUCUAGUGUUUCUACCUUUUCUGCUAUCUUAAUAAAUGUGCAUUUUUAACCAA